CGGAGCCCGGCCCGGCUGACGGGGCCGCUGACGCGCUUGGCCACCCGGCCGAGUCCGCGGGGCUGCGCGCCGGCCGGCGACAAUGAGCUUCUGUGUGUGCAGCUGCCGCGGCCGCCGGAGGCCAGAGGAGGGGGGCGGGCAGCCGGUCCCUGACCCUCGCCCCCGCUGGCCACGGCACCCCGAAAGGUAACCGGCCUCUUCUGCCCCUGGCCAGGCCUCGGGGGCUUUUUUGGGGGGGGGCCCGAUUUUAUCAGUAAGUCCCUCCGGCCCCAGCCUCCGCUUCCACUUUCUCGGCUUCCCUUUCUUAUCUCUGCCCCAACUUGGAGAGAGAGGGGGGAUCGCCCCACUUCGUGCGUCCCGGGGAGCCCACCCCGCACCAGGCGCGCCCAGCGCGGGACGCGGCGAGCGAGGGGCCGGAGCGCCGUGCAGGGAGGAGAUUGGACAGGCUGGACUCCCCAUUGCUCUUUUAAAAAUCUUGGAAACUUUGUCUUUCAUUGAAUUACGACACUGUCCACCUUUAAUUUCUUCAAAAAAAACGCCAGUAACUUGCCUGAAGCCAUGCCUUGUGUUCAGGCGCAGUAUGGGUCCUCGCCUCAAGGAGCAAGCCCCGCUUCUCAGAGCUACAGUUACCACUCUUCGGGAGAAUACAGCUCCGAUUUCUUAACUCCAGAGUUUGUCAAGUUUAGCAUGGACCUCACCAACACUGAAAUCACUGCCACCACUUCUCUCCCCAGCUUCAGUACCUUUAUGGACAACUACAGCACAGGCUACGACGUCAAGCCACCUUGCUUGUACCAAAUGCCCCUGUCCGGACAGCAGUCCUCCAUUAAGGUAGAAGACAUUCAGAUGCACAACUACCAGCAGCACAGCCACCUGCCCCCCCAGUCCGAGGAGAUGAUGCCGCACUCCGGGUCGGUUUACUACAAGCCCUCCUCGCCCCCGACACCCACCACCCCGGGCUUCCAGGUGCAGCACAGCCCCAUGUGGGACGACCCGGGGUCUCUCCACAACUUCCACCAGAACUACGUGGCCACUACGCACAUGAUUGAGCAGAGGAAAACGCCCGUCUCCCGCCUCUCGCUCUUCUCCUUUAAGCAGUCGCCCCCGGGCACUCCGGUGUCUAGCUGCCAGAUGCGCUUCGACGGGCCCCUGCACGUCCCUAUGAACCCGGAGCCCGCGGGCAGCCACCAUGUGGUGGACGGGCAGACCUUCGCUGUACCCAAUCCCAUUCGCAAGCCCGCGUCCAUGGGCUUCCCGGGCCUGCAGAUCGGCCACGCGUCGCAGCUGCUUGACACGCAGGUGCCCUCGCCGCCCUCGCGGGGUUCCCCUUCCAACGAGGGGCUGUGUGCGGUGUGCGGCGACAACGCAGCCUGCCAGCACUACGGCGUUCGCACUUGUGAGGGCUGCAAAGGCUUCUUUAAGCGCACGGUGCAAAAAAAUGCGAAAUACGUAUGUUUAGCAAAUAAAAACUGCCCAGUGGACAAGCGGCGUCGGAAUCGUUGUCAGUACUGCCGGUUUCAAAAGUGUCUGGCUGUUGGGAUGGUCAAAGAAGUGGUUCGAACGGACAGUUUAAAAGGCAGGAGAGGUCGUUUACCCUCGAAACCGAAGAGCCCACAGGAACCCUCUCCCCCUUCGCCCCCAGUGAGUCUGAUCAGUGCCCUUGUCAGGGCUCACGUGGACUCCAACCCGGCGAUGACCAGCCUGGACUAUUCCAGGUUCCAGGCGAACCCUGACUAUCAGAUGAGUGGAGAUGACACCCAGCAUAUACAGCAGUUCUAUGAUCUCCUGACUGGCUCCAUGGAGAUCAUCAGGGGCUGGGCAGAGAAGAUCCCAGGCUUUGCUGACCUGCCCAAAGCUGACCAGGACCUGCUCUUUGAAUCAGCUUUCUUGGAACUGUUUGUCCUUCGAUUAGCAUACAGGUCCAACCCAGUGGAGGGUAAACUCAUCUUUUGCAAUGGGGUGGUCUUGCACAGGUUGCAAUGCGUGCGUGGCUUUGGGGAAUGGAUUGAUUCCAUUGUUGAAUUCUCCUCCAACUUGCAGAAUAUGAACAUCGACAUUUCUGCCUUCUCCUGCAUUGCGGCCCUGGCUAUGGUCACAGAGAGACACGGGCUUAAGGAACCCAAGAGAGUGGAAGAGCUGCAAAACAAAAUUGUUAAUUGUCUCAAAGACCAUGUGACUUUCAAUAAUGGGGGGUUGAACCGCCCCAACUAUCUGUCCAAACUGUUGGGGAAGCUCCCAGAACUCCGUACCCUUUGCACACAGGGGCUACAGCGCAUUUUCUACCUGAAAUUGGAAGACUUGGUACCACCGCCAGCAAUAAUUGACAAACUUUUUCUGGACACUUUACCUUUCUAACAUCUUCUCCCAUGCACUUCAAAGAACUGGAAAGAAAACUAAAACUGUCCAGAGGGGCUAGUCACAGGGGCAGAGAUAGCCCCCUGAGCUAUCUCAGCUCAAGCUGUCCCCCUUCUGUAAAACUCCCAGCCCCUUGGUCCCUAAAGAAAACAAACAAACAAAUAAAAACUGUUGCUAUUUCCUAACCUGCAGGCAGAACCUGAAAGGGCAUUUUGGCUCCGGGGCAUCCUGGAUAUAGAACAAGGACUACACACAAUACAGUGGUAUAAACUUUUUAUUAUCAGUUAAAAAUCAGUUUGUUGAUAAUUUUCAGAAGAAAGAUUGCUAAUGUAUGAUGGGAAAUGUUUGGCCAUGCUUGGUUGUUGCAAUUAAGACAAGUGAUGUAACAUACACACACACACUCACACACACACACACACACACACACACACACACAUCUUAAGGGGACCUACAAGUAUUGCCCUUUAACAAGACUUCAAAGUUGUCUGCUAUAAAGAUGUAAUAUAUAGUAAAACUAAAUGUUGCGUGGGUGGCAUGAGUUGAAGAAGGCAAAGGCUUGUAAAUUUACUCAAUGCAGUUUGGCUUUUUAAAUUAUUUUGUGCCUAUUUAUGAAUAAAUAUUACAAAUUCUAAAAAAUAAGUGUGUUUGCAAAAAAAAAGAAAACUACAUAAAAAGGGACAAGCAUGUUGAUUCUAGGUUGAACAUGUUAUAGGCACUUGCUACUUCAGUAAUGUCUAUAUUAUAUAAAUAGUAUUUCAGACACUAUGUAGUCUGUUAGAUUUUAUAAAGAUUGGUAGUUAUCUGAGCUUAAACAUUUUCUCAAUUGUAAAAUAGAUGGGCACAAGUAACACAUUGGAAUAUCCUGACAAAAGGGACACAUAGUGUUUGUAACACCGUCCAACAUUCCUUGUUUGUAAGUGUUGUAUGUACCGUUGCUGUUGAUAAAAGAAAGUUUAUAUCUUGAUUAUUUUGUUGUCUAAAGCUAAACAAAACUUGCAUGCAGCAGCUUUUUGACUGUUUCCAGAGUGCUUAUAAUAUACAUAACUCCCUGGAAA